ACUUUGAGUUCAUGCUUUCUGGAUUAGGGUGUUUGGUUCAUGCAGUUCAAACUUUGAGGAAUUUUUCACAGUUCGAGCUAAAUAUAUUCUUGUUAAUGGAAAGGAUGGUUUCUGAUGAAUGUGAAUUAAUAGAUAAGUGAUGACACCCGAGUAAGAGUUUCACUUGAAGUUUAAUUGGAUGGGAAAGAUUGUGAAUUAGUGCUUAAAACAAAAAUACUACAAGUUACUCCUCCUGGUUAUAUAUUUAGGAAGCUUUAUAGCCUAAAUGCGUACGCAUUCUUUUUCUACUUUUUCAGUUUUUAAGAGCUAAAUGAGUUGUCCUCAGAAUGCAAUAUUAAUUAGCAGGCAUGGAUUGACAUUUAUUUUGUUAUCUAUAAUAACAUAUACCCUCUGUUAUGACCAUUUUUAUUUGUGUUACGGAUUGCAGAUCAUUUUUAGUCACACAAAAGACAAAAAAGAACAUCCCGGAAGCUUAAAGGUCUUGUGACAAAAGAUAACAUCAUAGUGCUGGGAAUCGGGGUUGGGGUGGGGGGAGGAGAAAAUCUUAUUCUUUUUCCUCAUGUCUUUGCAGUAUUUAUCACACAAAGGGAAAAAAUUAUGCUUAAGAAAGGUUUAGACCGUUUGACAAAUGAGUGGAUCACAUUUUCUUGCCCUUUAGACCAUGGCGACAUGAUCCAAUAAUAAGGAGACAGUCAGUAAAUAAGUAGAACAUUAUCAAUAUAAGUUUAAUGAAUUGAAAAUGCUUCAUCAUUUCAUGAUGUACAGAUGAAAUUGCAGUAUGGGAAUUUUUGGGUCCAACUUAGCAGUUAACACCAAUGUGCCUUUUUAAGUUGAAUCUGUCUAUUUAAGGGACUUUUGUUGCUGAAUUUUAAUUUCAAGCCUAACAUUGGAUGUAAGGUUUUUCCUUUUUUUUGGUUGUUCAUAUUUCAGAAUGUUUUAGCUUGAUUGGGAUUUGGAAAGAUGUCAUUUAAAAAAUUGAAACCCGAUGCAGCUGAAAAAACUUUAUCUGCGGAAGAGCAGCAGGCCAAGAUCGGAGAAGUCAGAAAGAUAAUUGGUCCAAUUGCCGACAAGUUCUCUGCUCUGUGUUCGGAUGCAUCAGUGCUAAGGUACCUUAGAGCACGAAACUACAAUUCUAAGAAGGCUGCAAAGAUGUUGAAAGGCACCAUGAAAUGGAAGCUGGAGUUCAAGCCUGAGAAGAUACGAUGGGAUGAUGUAGUUCAAGAAGCUGCAAGAGGAAGGCUGUAUAGAGCUGAUUACUUGGACAAGCAAGGAAGGACUGUUUUUGUUAUUAAACCUGGUAUUCAGAGUACAAACUCGGGAACUGAGCAGAUCAAGUACCUUGUUUACUGUUUGGAGAAUGCCAUAUUGAAUCAAAGUUCUAAUCAAGAACAGAUGGUUUGGCUUAUUGAUUUUCAAGGGUGGAGCACAUCAUGCUUAUCAUUAAAGGUCACCCGGGAUACUGCUCAAAUUCUGCAGGCUCAUUACCCAGAGAGGUUGGGCCGUGCAAUCUUUUACAAUCCACCAAAAGUGUUCGAGUCAUUUUGGAAGAUGGUGAAACCAUUUCUAGAACCUAAGACUUACAAAAAGGUGACAUUUGUUUACCUUGACAACCCAAGGAGCCUCAAGAUAAUGGAAGAACUCUUUGACAUGGACAAGCUGGAAGCCUCUUUUGGUGGGAAAAGCACAGUUGGAUUCAACUAUGAAGCUUAUGCUAAAAAAAUGAGAGAAGAUGACCGAAGGUUGUCUGAUGUCAUUGAUUCUGGUAUAUCGUCACCCAGUCUUUUGAAGUCUUUCAAUGAAUUACAGCAUGCAGGAGACAAUGAUUCUGAGGAUGAAACAUCUAGUGAUGAAGCUGUUCAUUCAAAGUUGGAGGAAGAUUAUGUAAUUAAACACGGGAAGAUGUCCUGCUCCCAAUAUGAACCCAAGAAUGAGGUUCAUGAACCCAAAAAAUGCUUGGAGAACUGAAUCAGAAGAGACAGGUCACUGGCUGAGUUAGUUAUGUUACUCAUUCAAAUUUUACACAAACCCUGAACUAGUGAACUUAAAUCUACUGUACUUUGAAAGUGACGUCUGAACCAUUACUCUCGGCCAAUGCCCCAUACAGCCCACUGUCCAUAGCAGCAAAAAUCAACUUUUGGGUCCAUGCACCUUUUCACUCAAAAGUUCGAGGAAGUUUGAGUUGGCUCAUCUGGCAUCAGAAUUUUAACUAGCAUUCAGAACGUAGAAAGUUACACAUUUCUUUCAUGUUACUUUUCCCCUCCCUCAGUACCUCCUAGGAAGCACAGACACGAUGCAGCACCAACACGGUAACAUUGCACAUUCUUAAAUAAGACAGACAUGACACGGCAAGAUUCCUUAUGUAAAAAUGAAAAAUAAAUAUUUUAAUCACAAAAUGAAACAUCUUGAACAUAUAAUCUCAAGUAACACAUGAAGUCAAAUUUUAAUUAGAACUUACCUACUUUGAAAUUUGAAGUAGAUAGGUGACAUCAAUGAACACAUUGUUCAAGCGUCGUCAACAUGCCCGUAAUGGAUAUGUAUCCAAUAUGGGCACGUUAGCCUUUUAGGCGUAUCUAUGCUUCUAUCUCUCUAUGUUGUAGCAGGGUUAUCGUAAGGUGUAUUUAUGAUUGUUAUUUGGUAAAUGUCACAAGCU